UUUGAGUUUUUCUUUCAUCAUUUCCAUUAUUUUAUAGCAACAAUAAGAACCUGUGCAGUAAAGCUCUGCUGAGCGGAGUCAAGGCCCUGAUUAAUGGGCGUUCCCUAAAGUGGUUCUCAUCCUAUUUAUAUAGGAGAACCUUUGCUGUGGAAUUAGUGAGCUCUAUUUCCUGCUCUCAGCCUAUCUCAUCUGGGGUUCCUCGAGGUUCUUGUCUUGGCCCUGUGCUGUUUUCUCUAUAUAUGCUCCCUUUGGGAUUAAACUCUCAAACACAGUGUAGCAUAUCAUUGUUAUGUAGACCAUACCCAGUUGUAUCUGCCUCUGAAAUGUAAUGAUAACUCCAAACUGUCACGUAUCAGGAAACUCUGGACUCCAGUUCCCAUCAGCCACUGCACUGCACUACAUGUCACAUGACCACCUGCACCUGAUUCACGUUUCUGUUAAUGAGCACUCUUGUGUGUAUAUAGCCACUGUCUACACUGUUUCUCUGUCUUUUGUUGUCUUAGACUUCCGUGUUCCAUGUCACUGCAUUUUGUUUCAUGCCAUAGUGGUUUGUCUAGUUGUCUUAGUUUUGUUGUGUAUUUGUUUAAUAAACAUUCUUAUCUGCGAUUGCUUCCGAACCCAUCCUUGAUUCGUGACGCAAACUUGCAUCUCUGCUUGAUUAUUUGGAUGAAAUAAAGGUGUGGAUGGCAUCCAGUUUUUUGCAGCUUAAUGAGUCAAAAUCUGAAAUGGUGUUUUUUGGUCCAUCAAAGUUAGCCAGACAGCUUUCUCUACAUCUGGGCCCUUUAGCCACCAAUGUUAGGAAUGUUAGGUGAGGGACCCUGGUGUGAUUUUUGAUUCUGAGCUGAAAUGUGAAAAACAAAUAAAGUUUCCAAGGAUCCUUUCUCAUAGAAUGAAUUUCUUCCUUUCUUCCUUUCUUCCUUGGUUCCUCUGAUUUUCUGUACACACCUGUCUUGUCUUUCCCCUGAUUGGUUCUCAUAUGUAAGUUCUGUGUUUUCCCUCCUUAGUAGAAUUUGUUUCUGAGUAGUUAUUAUCUGAUGUAUUCUGCAUGCUAGGUUCUUGUUUUGUACCCUUUCUAAUUUUCUGGUGUUUGUUUGGUUUUUUAAUUUUUUUUUAUUUUUUUAUUUUUUUUUAAUCUUGUGAACAAACCUAAUGAGCCCAAUGAACCUAAUUAUCUGUAGACCAGCUGUAGUGGCAGCUUUAUAGCACAAGAUGUCGCUAUUUAGACACUUAGCCAUAGCUCACUUCCGUCUACUGGUGUGUGGGACUCGGUCCAUCAGGUUUCCUAGGGGUCAUCUAACAAUCUUCACUUGAGCUCAUAAAGUAUAGAAACAUUAAUGCGAGGAGAAACUUUACACAUUCAAAACACUUAGAUUAAUUUAUAAUGUAUUCAUUUAUUUAGGUCAAAGUUCAUCUAAAGAAAAGGCUACAAGCAAGCAUUAAGAAAAUGAUGCCUAAGAAAGAUAACAAUGCUGAUACUAUGAAGUAAGAUAAAACCACCACAUGAGAUAAAAUAUCUAAAUUUUUUUUUUUUUUUUUUUUUUUAGAAUAAAUAUUAAUGCUGCAUAUAAAAAGUAAAUUGAGUCAUGGAAAGAGUGAUGAAAUCACUCUUCAAAAAUAAAAAAUGAGACAGUGGUUGUUGUGGUUUCCUGAUAAUCACACUAUAUAACAGAGAGACCCUCAGGCAGUGUGAGUGUGUGUGUCACUUUGAGGGACUGGUGUGUGUGCAGAAGAAUCAGUAAUAAUGAAGUGCUUGUAUCUUUUGUCUGCUGUGUUUCACGUCGCUGCAGGCUGUUCUCUCUCUGCUGAUAUUCCGACAACAAUCACAGGACACACAGGUGGUUCAGUGCUGUUCCCCUGCUCCUGCUCUGACCUGUUCACCGAACCUCAGAAAUUCACCUGGUGGAGCCACAGAACAGGACGUCUGACUGAAAUGUUAAAUAAUAAACACUACCGUGGCAGACUUCAGCUGUUUAAUCACAUUUCUCCUGCUAAUCUGUCUCUGCUCAUAUCUGACCUGAGAGAAGAGGAUCGGGGAGACUACAGGUGCAGCACUGAGAAGGAAUACAAAGACAUCUGGCUUAAUGUUAAAGGCUGUUCUCUCUCUGGUGAUAAUCUGAGAGAAAUCACAGGACACAAAGGUGGUUCAGUGCUGUUCCCCUGCUCCUGCUCUGACCUGCACACCAAACCUCAGAAAUUCACCUGGGGGACCUUCAGAACAGGACCUGCGACAGAAGUGUUAAAUGAUGAACACUACCGUGGCAGACUUCAGCUGUUUAAUCACAUUUCUCCUGGUAAUCUGUCUCUGCUCGUAUCUGACCUGAGAGAAGAGGAUCAGGGAGACUACAGGUGCAGGACUGAGAAGGAACACAGAGACAUCUGGCUUCAUGUUAAAGACAGACCAGAAGGAGACUGAGCUACAAACUGAGUUGUUCUAAUGAUCUAAAGUAAGUCAUUACACAACCUUACCUCAACAGAAAUCUAUAUCACUACACAAGGUCUUCUCUCAACUUGACAUUUACAUUGAGAAAUGCAGUCUUUAUAUCAGCGAACACUUAUUGGAAUACGUUUUAAUAAUAUCUUAAUAAUGUUUUACCUUUAUUUUUAAAGAAGAGAAAAUGUAUCUGUUGAAGGUAAAUUUUUUCAUCAAUGGCUGUGAACAAGCUUGACUAUUUUUGGUUGUUCUUUGACUAUUUAGUAUUUGGCUAUUAAUUAUGACUUUACGUCAGGGAAAUCCCACCGGCAGGCAGACACUACUCGAACAAACACAUGAAGCGGACAAGAUGGGGGAGUCUCUCACCGCCAUGAUUGCUUCAGCUAUGGAGAAGUUACAGUUGUUUACUGAAGCACAGUUUAAAACCCUGCAAGACAGGUUAGAUAACAUUCAGAAGGAGUUGUCUGGCUGUUACCAUUUUAAGACAAAAAAAUAAGGUAAUUUUUCAUUUGAUGGCCACAACUCAUCUCAAAAAAGUAGGGACAGGGGCAUGAUUGGGUAUAUUAAGAGUAUAUUAGAGAGGCAGAGUCUUUCCGAGUCUUUCAGAAGUAAAGAUGCGCAGAGGUUCACCUCUGUGUGCGAAAAACUGCGUCUACAAUUUGUGGAACAAUUUCACAAUAAUGUUCCUCAAUGUAAAAUUGUGAAGACUAGGAAUAUCUCAUCAUCUACAGUACAUAAUAUCAUCAAAAGAUUCUGAGAAUCUGGAGAAAUCUCUGUGCACAAGGGACAAGGGUGAAAGUCGAUAUUGCAUGCCCGUGAUCUUCGUCCCUCAGGCGAAUCGAGAUUUGAAAUUCUUUUUGGAAACCAUGGACACCGUGUCCUCUAAACUAAAGAGGACUAAAUAGGAGAGGGACCAUCCAGCUUUUUAUAAGCACUCAGUUCAAAAGCCUGCAUCUCUGAUGGUUUGGGGGUGCAUUAGUGCCUAUGGAAUGGGCAGCUUGCACAUCUGGAAAGGCACCAUCAAUGCUGAAAGGUAUAUACAGGUUUUAGAGCAACAUAGCCUUCCAUCCCAUCUUUACUUCUGAGAGACUCUGCCUCUCUAAGAUACUCUUUUUAUUCCCAAUCAUGUUACUGCCCUGUUGUCAGUUAACCUAAU